CUCGGCUCGGCUCGCGUAAUCGCGCCAGAGAGACGUGCCGUGCCGCAGGUCGGCCCGCUCGGCCCUCCCCCGACCCGUUGUGUGCGGGAUCCGGCAGAUUUGAAAGCCUGCACCGCCGACAUGAGGAUGCAGUAACCGAGGGGAAACGCGCAAUCCCAACAAGAAAGUCCCGAGCGAUGUUUUCACCAUGAACGACAAUCUGCUCAGCCAGUUCCAUUUGUCCCGCCUCCUUCCAUUAACGGCCAUUAGCGGCAAGCCCCCGGGGAGAGGGCAAAGUGCGUUGAUGCUGGAGAGGGCGGUCCCAUGUGCAAUCUGGAAGAACAAACACGCACGAUGACAACACGGGACCUCAUCGAGUCCAAACCAGCGGACGAUGGACGACUUUGUGUGUUGCCGUGUUCCUGCAAUCGCAUCGUUAUGCUCGAGUGGUCUCGCUGCGAGCGGCGCGCCGGAUGGCGACGAGCGGUCCCGGCGGCCACCGUGCCGACACCCCCCCCUCUCGGCACGCGCCGGGACCCAAGCUGCAGGUUCAGCGCUCCCUCUCGCGUGACACCAUCACCAUCCACUUCUCUGCUCUCGGCAAGGAGGAGGACGACGAGGAAGAGGAGCUGUACGGGGUAGACGCCGGAGGGAAACCUGGGCUUGAUGGUGCGGGAGGUCCGGAGGUUUCCGGGCCGAAAGAGAAGCCGGUUUUUGAGUCUGAGACCACCACAGGAGAUCCUCCCGCAAACGCCGCCUCUUCUGCCGUGACAAUCGUUCCCACCUUCAGCAGUCCUCAGCUCAGCUCGACUCCGCUCGCCAGCUCCUCCUGGCCUUCCGAACGUCCUUUAGCCAAUCUCCAGCCCACACGCUCCGGCUCCUCCUCCCCUUGCAAGUCUGCCGGCCUUUCAUCCUCCAGACCUUUCCUCAGCCCGGUCAGGUCCUCAUUCAAUGACGCGGAGGCCCGUGAACCCGCCCCGCCGCCGACCACCGUUGCGCCGUCGCACGCCCGCCACAGACACUUAAUGAAAUCUUUGGUCAAGUCCCUUUCCGCGGACUCGUCAAAGGCUGAGCACCAGGAAGGGUCUGUUCACCAAGUUCUCCAUCAUGUCCCCCAUCAGCAACAAGUACAGCCGUGCCAGCGGCCGCCUCCUCGCAACAUGCAGCUCUUCAAGCAGUUCUCCCAGCCUCGCCUGUACUCCGCCCCCGUCGUUGCCAGUCAGGUCGGCGGAGACUCCAAAACGGCCCCCUCGUCUCCCACCGUGUCCCCAGAUGGUAGGUCCUUCUUCAAGGUUCAAGAGGUGGAAGCCAAGAUAGAAGAUACAAGGAGACGUCUGUCGGAGGUGAUGUCGGACCCGCUGCAGCUUUUCACCAAGCUCAUGGGCGAGGAAUCGGGCACAGGUGGCGUAGGAAGCGGCCCUCACCGGGCCAGGUUGCUAUCGUCGAGCGCAUCGGAGCUAAGCGGCAUCACGGCGGUUAACGGGCAAUCCGAAGGUUACGACUACAGCAUUAAGGAGGAGGAGGGAGCCGAGGGGGAAGAAGAUGACGAAACCCCCGUCGGUAGAGGACCUGAUUCCGUCUUCUUCUCCUUUCCCUCACUGACACCAGCGCCGACUCUCAGCCAGACGUCCACAUCCACCUUUGCCAGGUCGCCGUCGCUCACUCUGGGUCGCUGCUCCAUGUCGGCCCUCGUUGCUCGUCAGGAAGACGAGGACUUCUGUGAACUUUACAGCGAAGACUUUGACUUGUGUACUGACACGGAGAGUCCAAAUGGGGAUCAUCCAGGAUCCCGGGGCCUCCACACCGGUAGCACCGGGUUGUGUAGUCAACUGGAUGUUGAGGAGGAAGAAGAGGAGGAAGUGGAGGCUGUGCCUUGGAUCGGCCUGGUCUGCCUGACGCAGUUGGUCUACUGCUACUUAGUCCUUCCGCUCCCACCGUAUGUACGUGCGCUGGUCCACGGGAUUUUUGCAGGCUUCACAUUGGCCGUUCUGGUCCUUUGGCUGUCAGCUCCAAGGCGCUCCAACUUGGGAACGAGGAAGCAAAGGCGUGGGAUAGAACCUUGGAAUGUGGCCCAGCUCGAUAUCAAAGAACCAGACGUAUUCAAGGGCUGGAUGAACGAGAUCCCCAGCUACGACCCGGAGAUGUACCACGCCACCCUGACGCACUCCGUGUACGUCCGCCUCGAAGGUUCCGUCCUGCGACUGUCAAAGCCCAACCGCAACAUCUCCCGGCGCGCCACUCACAACGAGCCUAAACCCGACGUCACCUACAUCAGCCAGAAGAUCUACGACCUGAGCGACAGCAAGAUCUACCUGAUGCCACAGAGCCUAGCGAGGAAACGAGUUUGGAACAAGAAGUACCCUAUCUGCAUUGAGCUGGCCGAGCAGGACGACUUCAUGUCCAAAGCCCGGGGAGAAAAGGUCGAAGGUGAAGAGGACAGACCGACAACGCCGGCUGAGAAAGCUGAGCGAGCGGACGCCAAGGUGGAAAAAGCCGAAGCGGCCGCGGAGGAGCACAAGAAGCCGGCGCCCGGAGGAGGGGAUCUGACUAUCUACCUGUUCGGGAGGACGGGUCGGGAAAAGGAGGAGUGGUUCCGGAGAUUUCUGCUCGCGUCCCAGAUGAAGUCGAACGGGCGAGGCGGCGCCUCGCAGCCCCCCCCCAGCCACAGCAACCAGUCCGUCGGCGGCCACGAGGCCGACAGCGGGAGCGGCGGGCGAGGAAGCUCCGACGAGCUGUGCCACCCUCAGCCUCGCCACCGGGACGCCUCCUCGGCUCCCUCCUGCUGCUCCGCCGGAGGCGUGAGGCGCAAGAUGCUCUUGGGUUACAAUCUGUACAUGGCCGAGUAUGUCGAGCCCCGGCCCGCGCCCACGAGCCCGGCCGCCACGCAGAGCCCCGGGCGCAGCCCCGAGGGAAGCCCACAAACCACCAGAAAGACGCCCUCCCAGAUGCCCGGGACUUCAGACGAGCCGGCCGAGACGGAAGCCUGGGUCAACGCGUUUCUGGGAAGAAUAUUCUGGGACUUCCUGGGAGAGAAGCACUGGGCCAACGUCGUCUCCAAAAAGAUUCAAAUGAAGCUUAGUAAGAUCCGGCUGCCGUACGUUAUGAAUGAGCUCACGUUGACGGAGCUAGACAUGGGCUUCUCCAUUCCCAAGAUUCUCGGAGCCUCCAAACCCUCUGUCGACCACCGAGGUUUGUGGUUCCAUCUGGAGGUCUCCUACACGGGCUCCUUCCUCAUGACUCUGGAGACCAAGAUGAACCUGGCCCGUCUGGGCAAGGAGGGCGAGGGCCUGGGCGAGCACGGCAGGGAGUGGUCAAGGCCACGCGCUUAUUGUUUGGCGGACAGCGACGAGGAGUCGUCCAGUGCCGGUUCCUCAGAUGAGGAGGAUCCGCCGGAACUUUUCAGUGACAAAGCUGUUCUCCCCGGAGGCGAAGGCUACGCGGGAGGCCACAGGCCCGGCAAGAUCAUGCGCUUUGUGGACAAGAUCGCCAAGUCAAAGUACUUCCAGAAGGCCACAGAGACGGAGUUCAUCAAGAAAAAGAUGGAGGAGGUGGCCAACACGCCGCUGCUGCUCACCGUGGAGGUGCAGGAGUGUCGAGGGACUCUCGCUGUCAACAUCCCACCGCCCCCUACGGACAGGAUAUGGUACGGUUUCCGCAGUCCGCCUCACCUGGUGCUCAAAGCGCGGCCCAAACUCGGCGAGAGGGAGGUCACUCUGGUCCAUGUGACCGACUGGAUUGAGAAGAAACUGGACCAAGAGUUUCAGAAAAUAUUUGUUAUGCCAAACAUGGAUGACUUGUGGCUACCCAUCAUGCACUCUGCCAUGGACCCGCGUUCAAAUGCCAGCUUGAUUACCGAGUCAAACGAUGCCUUGAAGGGCCCAGAACCUGAAGAGUCUGAGCCCUCGUCGUACAUGUGAAGAAGACGUCCGGACCGCUGCUUUUCACCAUGGCAAUAUAUUGACUUUGCACCCGAGAGAGAGAGAGAGGGAGAGAGAGAGAGAGAGAGUGUGUGUGUGUGUGUGUGUUUGUGUUGGGGGGGGGGGGGGGGCUCAAAGUUUGUGGCCAAUUCCAAAAGUCUGGGCGUGUCUAGGCUGUUCAGCAAGUAUACAUACGUGCCGGCGCUUUGAGAAAUAGCCAUUGGAGUGACCAAUAGCAACCAUCAAACCUGUGAAGUACAGCUGCACCAAACUCGAGUUGUACAGUGUAGACUAUUUUUUUUUUUUGUGACCUUUAAAGUGGCUUGCGAAAAGUGUGUUGACCUGUGUGGGACGAUGACGAGAAAAUAACCGGCGCGUCCGUGUUUGUACACGCAUUUCCUGCCCAGAUGUAUCAGUCCUCACUAAAUGCAAACAGGACGAUGGCGAUGUGAAGAGUUUGCACCCACGCGGCGUGGGCGCCGUCCAGACUGUACGCUUUGAACUCAAACCUUAUGUAAUGCGCAAAAGGCCUUGAAAAAGGAGGGGCUGGUACGAAUUGAAAUGUAUGCGCAGACGCAGCAGCCAAACCUUUGCCGAAAUCUGACGAAUGUAUUUAUAAGAUUCUCUCAUUCACUUGACAAUGUGCUUCUUAGCAACACUUUUCAUUCAAAUUACAGUUAUGUGUUUCUAUUGCCAAAGCAUUGUUUCACUCUGGCUUGAAGGGUAAUUAGUGGCAAAUGCUGUGUACAUUUCCCAGACAGGGAGUAUUUUUUUUUUUUGGGGGGGUGCAGAUUAGCAGGAUAUAAAAUAUCUUGAGUUUUGGGGGUCAAAACGUGCUGUUUUCUGGAUUUUAGCCAUGUUGUUUCAGUACUGUCCUCAUAUAUUUGUUGAAUAGAAUUCUAAAAGGUGAGACGGUGCCUGAGGUGAGGCGAGCUCGUAGCACCCAUUUUGAAGAACAAGGGCGACGUGCAGAGUUGUUUAGAGGAAUAAAGUUGAUGAGUCAUACAAUGAAGACAUAGGAAAGAGUAGCGGUGGCUAGACUCAGGACAAAAGUGAGUAUUUGUGAGCAGCAGUAUGCUGCAUACCAAGGAGCGGUGCCACAGAUGCGUUAUUUGCCUCGAGCGUGUUGCUAGAGAAGUACAGAGAAGGUCGGAAAGGAUCUUUGUAGAUCUAAAGAACGCAUCUGACAACGUACCCGGAAAGGAACUGUGGUACUGCAUGAGAAAGUCAUCAGGGAUCCGUUCCAAGCCCCCUUCCUGUUGCCUAUGGUUUUCUUUCGGAGGGACCAGGAGUAGCAAUGAACCAUUCAGAGGCACAGCUGAGAAAACAUCCAAGUGUUAGAGGUUGCCAGACUUUGACGGUUAGGACACGUUCCGAGGAGAAAUAACGAGCGCAGUGAUGCCUUGAGAUGCGAGGGACCUGACUUUCGAGUGUUUUGAAAUAGGAGUCGUAGGUUCGGACGAUUGUUUGCUUCGACUUGCGAGUGAAAAUUUGAGAUUCGAGCACUGUACGGUGGCAGCGAAUUCAACUCGACUCACUUUACAACAAGCGGCGGCAGUUUGGCAGAUCGUGAGCAAUUCUUCAAAAAAAGAAACUUCCAAGCUGUUUCAUACCACAUAAAACGGAGAAUUACACGUUCUGCAUCUAAAGCACCCACAUAACUUUGCCUUUCAACCCGCUAUGCUAACACGUGAUGGGAAAUGCCACAGACUCUUUAAGCAAGGAAUAUUCAAAGACAAACAAUAUAAGAAUACUCACAGGCGUAUGUUGUUUUUCCACUGCUAAAACAACCAAUAUCACAGCACUUACUGGGUCACUUAAAGUAGUUGUUAAAGUCUUGGUUUGUGUCUGCAUGGCCGUAUUAUACUGCCCCCGGUGGCCAGGAUGCGCACACCAGCAGUAGCCACAAAAAUGAAUCACAAGCUUUAUUAAAAACACAUUAGAAAAAUAUUUAUUGGCUUAUUUGGGGAGGCUGGAACAGAUCGAUGUUACGAUUCAUGGUAACAAGGAACGUGUUUUGAGUUACGAACGAACAAAUUAAACUCGUAUCUCAGGGCACCACUGUUUGUUGUGAUAAUGAGGUUGUGGAGCUGCCAGGCAGGAGAGAGAGAAGGUUGAUGGGCUGUAGUGCGGUUGCGGUUGCAGAGGAGCAUGAGGAAGAUGUGCAAAGCUGCGAACGCGACAAGCCGAAAGAAAAGCACAGUCAGCCGCCAUCCGGCCAAGCAACGCUUCUUCUGCCAUUCGAAACCUGUUCGUUCCGUAUCGUGCGCCGAGUCCCAAUCGUCGUUUACUUCGUUGCUUUGCAGGCGACUUUGUUUCUGUAAGUGUAUGAGGCAGAAAGUGCCUUUGUAAUAAGAAAACAUUCCUCCACAGGGAGCCAAAAAAAAAAAAAAAAGUUGGGCCAUUAUUGUCGUACAUCUUGUUUCCAAAGGUUUUGGCGUUCAUUUGCACUGUGAAGAAAAUGUCCAACAUUGCUGUUGUGUUCAGUGACGUCAGAAUGUUAUGGUUCAGGCCAUUGUGGAUCAAUAAAGAUAUUUUUUUGCACUGAUAA